ACUAGCUGUCACCGCCAGUGCCCGCCCUUUCUGGACAGAUGUGACCUCCUCUCACCCCCCUCUUCACCCCCACUCUCCCUCCUUCCUUCAUUUUUAUCCAGCGUCUCGCUUCCUCUCUCUCUCUCUUUCCUUCUCCCGCCUCUGCCUCUACCCCCUGCCCUCUGCCUCCCUGCAGCGCCAAGCUGGCCCCUAGACCUGGUGUGCCGCACGCAAACCGCUGACGGUUGGCGGAGCCGCCUCCUGGGGCCCGGGCUGCCGCGGCCGGCUACGGCACCGACGCCAGCAGGCGGGCGAGAGCCGCGGAAGGAAAACAAGCGGGCGCGCGCGGGAGCCCCAGGAGGGCGGCCGGCCGGCGGGCGCGGACGGCGGAGGACCUGUGCGCACAAAAGUUAGACUCCGGCGGCCGCGCGCCCGGCUGCGCCUGACCCGGGCGCUCCCUGCCCGCGGCCCUCCAGAGAGGAACUUGAUCUCCCUGCAGCUCGAGUCGAGAGCGGUGUCCUGCAAGAGGGCCAAAAGCGCAGGGCGAGCGUGGAGCGGGACUCUGCCAGCCGGAGCGCUGCAGCGACGAGGACCCAUGCCGGCGGCCAACCUGAUGGAGAACCUGCAGCUGCCCGCCUUGCAGGUGCCCGGGCCGCAGGGCGCGCCCGAAGGCAGCCCGGUCCGGUCCAGCUCGUCCACCCCCACGCUCCGCCGCCGGCGUUUCAAGAUGCACCGCAUGAAGAACGUGCAUGAGCAGAGCCUAGAGGCCCGGCUGGCCCGGGACCUGCCCGGCGUCUUGGCUCCAGGCAAGGAGUUCCUGCAGCUGCCGGCCAUCGAGAUCACGCCUUCAAGCGACGAGGACACCCCGUGGUCCAACUGCUCCACACCCAGCGCUUCCCCACGCCGAAAACGCUUCCUCCUCCGCAAGUGGCUGAGGGUGAGGGAGCGGAAGGAGUGCAGUGAAAGCAGCAGCCAGCAGAGCAGCCAGCAGAGCAGCCACGACGAUGAUUCCAGCAGGUUCCUGAGUCCUCGGGCACAGGAGGAAAGCACUGCCAGUAACUCCAACCGCAGCACGCCGGCCUGCUCCCCUAUCCUGCGGAAGCGGUCUCGCUCGCCCACCCCUCAGAGCGCUGACGGCGACGCCAUGGUAGAGAAGGGCUCGGACCACUCCUCGGACAAGUCCCCGUCCACGCCGGAGCAGGGUGUGCAGCGCAGCUGCUCCUCGCAGUCUGGCCGGAGCGCAGGCAAGAACUCCAAGUCUCACAAGCGCCUCUCAAAAUAUGACAAACUUAACCUGAUCAAAAAAAGCCAGAGCUGGUAUAAUGUAUUAAGCCCCACUUACAAGCAGAGAAAUGAAGACUUCAGAAAGCUCUUUAAACAGCUUCCAGACACGGAGCGCCUCAUUGUUGAUUACUCGUGUGCACUCCAAAGAGACAUUCUUCUUCAGGGCCGACUCUACCUCUCUGAAAACUGGAUCUGCUUCUACAGCAACAUCUUCCGCUGGGAAACCCUGCUGACUGUCCGCUUAAAGGACAUCUGCUCCAUGACAAAAGAAAAAACAGCUCGCCUCAUUCCCAAUGCCAUUCAAGUUUGCACCGAUUCAGAAAAGCACUUCUUCACUUCAUUCGGGGCGCGGGACAGGACGUACAUGAUGAUGUUCCGGCUGUGGCAGAACGCGCUCCUUGAGAAGCCCCUGUGCCCCAAGGAGCUCUGGCACUUCGUCCACCAGUGCUACGGGAACGAGCUGGGCCUGACCAGUGACGACGAGGACUACGUGCCUCCCGACGACGACUUCAACACGAUGGGUUACUGUGAGGAGAUCCCGGUGGAAGAGAAUGAAGUGAACGACAGCUCAUCCAAAAGCAGCAUAGAGACCAAGCCGGAUGCCAGUCCGCAGCUGCCCAAGAAGUCCAUCACCAACAGCACACUGACGUCCACGGGGAGCAGCGAAGCCCCCGUCUCGUUCGAUGGCCUGCCUCUGGAGGAGGAGGUGCUGGAGGGCACCGGGUCCCUCGAGAAGGAGCUUGUCGUGGAUAGCAUUCCCGAGGAGAAGAUGGAGCUCGUGGCGCCGGUGAGCUCCCCGUCCCUGGACUUCCGUGACAGCGACGGCAUCCCCACCGAGCUCAGUGACUCUUCUGACACCCACGACGAAGGGGAGGUCCAGGCCUUCUACGAGGACCUGAGUGGCAGGCAGUACGUGAAUGAAAUUUUCAACUUCAGCGUGGACAAGCUCUAUGACCUCCUGUUCACCGACUCACCCUUCCAGCGGGACUUUAUGGAGCAGCGACGCUUCUCAGAUAUCAUCUUCCAUCCAUGGAAAAAGGAAGAGAAUGGAAACCAGAGCCGUGUGAUCCUUUACACCAUCACCCUUACCAACCCUCUGGCUCCUAAAACUGCCACCGUCAGGGAGACGCAGACCAUGUACAAGGCGAGCCAGGAGAGCGAGUGCUACGUGAUUGACGCGGAGGUGCUCACCCACGAUGUGCCAUACCACGACUACUUCUACACCAUCAACCGCUACACGCUCACGCGCGUGGCCCGGAACAAGAGCCGUCUCAGGGUCUCCACAGAGCUGCGCUACCGCAAACAGCCCUGGGGCUUGGUGAAGACCUUCAUUGAGAAGAACUUCUGGAGUGGGCUGGAGGACUACUUCCGGCACUUGGAGAGCGAGCUGACCAAGGUGGAGAGCACCUAUCUGGCUGAGAUGCACAGGCAGUCUCCCAAGGAGAAGGCCAGCAAGCCCCCAGCAGUGCGGAGGAGGAAGCGCCCGCAUGCCCACCUGCGGGGGCCCCACCUAGAGGAGGUGAUGAGCCCCGUCACCACACCCACCGAUGAAGAUGUGGGCCGCAGGAUCAAGCACGUGGCAGGUUCCACGCAGACCCGGCACGUCCCUGAGGACACCGCCAACGGCUUUCACCUGCAGAGCGUGUCUAAGCUGCUGCUGGUCAUCAGCUGUGUCCUGGUGCUGCUGGUCCUCCUCAACGUGAUGCUCUUCUACAAACUCUGGAUGCUGGAGUACACCACCCAGACCCUCACUGCUUGGCAGGGCCUGCGGCUCCAAGAAAGGUUGCCCCAGUCUCACACAGAAUGGGCCCAGCUCCUGGAGUCCCAGCAAAAGUACCACGAUACCGAACUCCAGAAAUGGAGGGAGAUCAUCAAAUCCUCAGUGAUGCUUCUUGACCAGAUGAAGGACUCACUCAUUGAUCUUCAGAACGGCAUCAGGUCCCGUGACUACACAACAGAAGGCGAAGAGAAGAGGAGCCGCUACCACUGACCAGGCAGGAACAGGGCGGCGGCAGGAGGCCUGUGCAAUAUGUGUACAUAGACCAUAUAAAUAUAUAUAAAUAUAUAUAUAUACAGAAUAUAAAUAUAUAUAUUAUAUACAGAUUUUAAAAAGAGAUCACGCCUAUGUACCAGGGAGAAGGAGCUGGACCGCCUCCCGUGCUGGCCGUGGAGGGCUGAGGGGGGCAGGGACCGCCUCUCAGCACCACCCUCCCCGACCCGCCGCCUCCCCUCCUCCAGUCCCCUCCUGUCCCCUGGCCGCGCUUGGCUCCGAGACGGGGAAUGUUGUUGAGCCAAAGUCAUGCCUGUGAAGGCUCCGGAGUCUUGAAAAGAAGUCUCCGGGCGGGGGGCAUUGCUUAAGGUGCUUCAUUCCCGAAUCCCCUUUGGAUUUGUUUCCAAAAUAAAAGAGAAUUUCUUCUUCCCCACCCCAUGCUUCCACAGGGGUUCUCUUGGGAACGAGGACGCAGCCAGGGCAGGAGCCCAGUCCAAACUCUCCCUGUGAGGCUGCCCCUCCCGGGCCCGCAGGUUGGGAGGCAGGCGAGGAGGACCGCCGGGCAGCUCGGGAGGCCGCCCGUGCAGGUCUGGGCCCUGCGGCACAGACUCCCGAGGACUUGCGCGUGAUGGGUGUUUUUGAUCAGCCCCUGACCUUCCUCCAACCUGUGCGGGGUGCGGACCCAAUAAGGGCUGGGGAUCCCUACCUUCCCACCCUGCCCCCUUCUCUCUGGUCCUCCCCCAGGCUGGAUCUGGAGGAGGCAUCACUUUCUAGUGCCUAAAGCCCUAUUUUUUCUCUGUGCCCUAAGAGCACGCUGUUUCUUAGCCAGGGGGAAGCAUUUUUGAUCUCGAUAAACUGUUCUAGUGGUCAGAAGUAGUCAGGUCUGUGGCUCUGAUUCCUGCACUUGGAGCUGUCAGCUUGGUUUCCGAGAUGAAUCGGGGUGUUGCGGGAUUUCCAGGUUUGAGAGUGAGAGCCCUCGCAGACCAGGACUGUGGGGUCUAAUGGAGAAGGCUGCGUGAGUAGUGGGCUCCAGUGCCCCAGCACUAGCUUGGCUGCCCCGCAUUGUUUACUCUGGGAGAAGAGCCAACAUCAGUCAAGGGAGACGACCAUCCGAGGCACUUGACACCUGGAAGACCUCAGAAGACCUCAGCCCUUGCAGGGAAUGCUUUGGCAAGGUGUGUGUAUUUGGGCCCGGAGAAGCCUGAUGGAGUCUCUGCCCCAAGGGGGCCACCCCAGAUCCCCAGUUCCCCAGCCGUGGAGUUCGGCAGCGGGAGCAAGACCUCUCGUGUCUGUGCCGGCGUGCUCAGACACCACCGAGGAGCAGGAAGAAGACUUUCGGUUGGGAGCACGUGUCAUUCAGGGCCCUUUCAGGGCUGUCUCCCUGGGACCCAUGCGUUCAUCUGACUUUGUGGGAUCCUUCUGGGCACGCUCACCAUCCUUCACACAUGGACUGCUGUUCCUCCAUCUAGUGACCAAAGGUUUCCUGCCCGCCACAGGUAGAGCUCACAGGGCUUCUCUCCAUCGGGAAGGGGCCGCACCUGCUUGGCGAGGAGCGGUCUUCCCGAUUGCUUGCUCUCCUGGUCGGCCCCCUGAUGGAAGGCGUGGAGGAAAGGAAGAUUCUAUUAGUGAUGGAGCCUAAAGGAAGAGCUAUUUGCAUUCUUCUCUCGGACUGGCCUGAGGAUCCACCUUUGACAAUUACAUGCUUUUGAUUUUUCAGUCUUUCUGAGAAUGCUGCCUUGUUCUUGCCACAGAGGAGGGAUGAGAAGACAAAGUUGUCCACACUGCAGGCGUGCGUGCCCCUGGUGUGCCCCGGGGAAAGGCAGGGGGAGGCUUUGUGGGAGCGGCAGGGGUGUGUAUCCCUCUCUAGGACAGGGCUUGAAUGUCAUCAUUCUACUCUCAGGGGACAAAGGCUUUGGAGGAGUUGAAAGGUGCAAAUGCCCCUCGGCCAGUGGGCCACUGCGCACCCCUGCCCAGGAAUGGGAGGUACAGGCUCCUGGGCCCUGAGCCAGAGAAGGGGGAGCAGUGCAGACUGCUAGAAAGUUUCCUGUUGGAGUAACCAGAAGCCAACAUUAUCCCCAGAAACCUUUAAAGACAAAAAUGGUAAAUUCUCUAACUUAUUCCACACGUAUUUAUUUAGUUAUUUAUUUAUUUGAAUCAUGCACUUAUUAAAGGGCCCAGGCGGGGCCUUUGGUGUGACUUAAGAAGUUCUCUCCUGGGAGUGAAGUCAUGAGAGCUGCCCUGGUUCCAGGGUUGCUGUGCUUUCUCCCGACUUGUCAGGCCCAUUCCAGGGAAGAGCGGGUGACGGGGAGGGCAGUACUUAGUCUGCACAAGGAACACUCGUGAUUUCAGGGGCUUCAGUGCCCGUCGGAAAUGCCCCUGGGCUGCCUCAUUUGUGAGCAUCACGGAUCUCCUGUAAGAGGCAGCUGUUCUAACAGUUUUCUCAUUUUCGAAGAGCAAUGCUGCUCACUCCCAUACAAAGCUUAGGUCCCUCAUUCAGGAACCUGUUGAGGGCACUUGGCCUGCCGAGAAGUCAGGGAGUGAAACCCCUAAACAACACUGUAGCACGUGCAGUGGCCGGGCAUGCAGCUGUCUGCAGGGCACAUCAAAACCACCGCCUCUUAGGUUAUUCCUUCCAGCCAUUGCUUCUUGGUUUUGUUCAUGUAAAACCUUGUAGUCUUUCUGUGAGGAUUCACGUGGUUUAUACUUGAGAGCUUGUCCUCAGCUUCACAGAUUUUGCAGAGUGUCUAACCAAGUGAAGAACAGCUUUAGGGUGUACACUUCCCUUCCAGCUUACUGUGGAGGAAUGAACAGGAUCGGUCUGUAGCUCCUCCCCUUUCCUGCCUCCACCCGCCUGGUACAGGGGAGAACAUCCGCAGCAACUUGAAGCUCUUCGGAAGAGCCUGGAGCUGAGAGACUGGGACCUGAGUGCCAGCCCUGCUGUUGGACAAGUCCCUGGUGCUCCCUGAGCUCCGGUAUCUGCAUCUGCAGCAGGACAAGGCUGGUCUAGACUCUCUCUAAUGUAGGUUCCAGCUUUGGCAUUGUCUUAGAGGCUACACCAUAUACUGGAAGGCCAGGCUUUCUUAGACUUCAAGGUUCCCUUUGGGGCUAGAGCUUCCUUGGUGUUUAGGUGAGUGGAAGAACAGGGUCUGGGUUCCCAGGAAAUUAAGAGUAGUUAAACUUUCUUUUGAACUAGGAGGGUUAGGGAGACCCAGUAAGAUGCAGGGUGGAGGGUGGGGAAGGGGCUG